AUGUACAUUUUAACAUUACUUGAAAUCAUUCUAGUUACCGUCUAUUGUGCCAAAUUAAUUAACAAUAUUUGCUGCAAAGAUGUAGGUUAUACUGUAAAAGUAACAUGUUUAAUCUCAUGGUUGACAAAUUUCAUUUUGCUGAUUUUGCUACCAUUGGAUAUUUACAUAACAUUUAGAGAUCAAGAGCAAUUUAGUAAUCAAGAUGGUUAGGAAAUGCACUCAAGAGAAUAUGAAGCAAUAGCAAAUCUAUAUCAAUUGUUGUAUUGGGCAAAUUUCAUACUUUGCUGGACAAUCAUUCCAAUCAUGUAGGAAUACGAAGAAGCAAUAGAUCUUAAUAAAGCUUAGAAGAUUGUAAGGUCAUUGAUCAAUAACGGCAAAUUUUAUCUCAUCAUUGGAAUAGCCGGUAUUGCUUUUGUUGUAAUACUUGUUAUGACAGGCUAAGCAUCAGAUUAUGGGUUAGCCAAGCUACUUAAAAGUAUGGCUAACUCCUUUGGUGUUGCUCUAAUUAUAGUUUUGUUGGGAUAUUCUCUCAUUGCGGUUCCAAGAGCACAUAUGAGAACUUCUACUCUCGAUGUUCAAUUGAAAUAUUUGUAUUUUAAAACAGCUAAAAUUACAGAGGAAAAGGAUGAUGCCCAGCAUUAUUUGCAAGAAAAAGCUAAGCGUGUAGUAGGCAUUAGAAAUCAGGAGAAAUUUCAAUUAUAAUCAUCAAAGAUAUAUUUAUAGAUGAGUAUUGAUGCAAUUCCUAAAACCAUGUUCAAUGAGUUGAAGGAGGAGGAUGCCAAAUCUAAGGCACCUGGAAUUUCUUAUCUAUAAAGAAUGUUCUUUAAAGAACAACCAGAAGCAACAGAUGAGGAAGUAGUUGAAAUCUACAGAGAUAUUAGAACAAAGUCCAGAACAUUUAGAAGAUUGAAAGCAGCAUGGAAGGAGAAUUGUAAGAAGGCUUAUGCUUUGGAAAACGUGAUCAAUUCAAUUGAAAGUCCAGAUAAAAAAAUUCAUUACGAAGUGAAAACUAAUAGAAGAGAAGGAUCUUGUUCUCAAACUCUAGAUACCUUGGAAUGGUAUUGGUUAUGCCAUUAUAAGCCCCAAUUCAAAAUAUUUUUCUCUUUGGCUUUGAGCAUCUUGUCGUUGUUAGUAAUAGUCUCAGAAACCACAUUGUUUUUGAACACUCCUUUUUCAAUUUUUGGUAUGCCCAUAUCCUUGUAAUCUGGGGUGAUUACCUUACAGAUAUUUUGUUUUGUUCCUUUAUUUUAUAUUGCAUUUUGUGUUUAUUAUGGAAUGUUUAGAAUCAAGAUAGCAGGAUGUUAUGGAUUAUAUGAUGAUCAUCAAACGGAUGCUCCAAGUUUGCUGUUUGCAACAAUAAACUUUAGUAGAGUGGCAGCUCCAUUAUGUUAAAAUUUUCUGAAUAUGUUGAGAAUCAAAUAAAGAAUGAACUGUGAACCUGCCUUCAAAUUUGCCAUGGGAGAGAUGGAAUUUGUGCCAAUUUUCGGAGUUAAUGUCAUUUAAUUAAUGCCUGCCAUACUUCUCUUUUUGUGUUUCAUUAAUUACUUUGAUUUGUAUGAUAGAUUUAUGAAUUUUCUGGGGUUAAAGGAAUUUAUGUUUACUGAGACAUUCUCUGAUCGUCUUAUUUAUAGAGGCAGAGAUGCUUUGAAAGACAAGAAGGCUUAUUUUAUUGAGAAAAAGUCAAAAAAGUCAAGAAAGCAAAAGGAGAAACAAAAACAAGGGGACACUGAAUUACCUAUUAUUCAAAAAUGA